AUGCCUAGUGGAGAACUCAGACACCUUAGGGGUGGAAUGGUAAAUAAGAUGGCAAAGUACAGUGAACCGUUCCAGACUAGCCUAAGCCUAAAUGGGAUCCAAGUUAACUUAGAAAUAGACACAGGAAGCCCCUGGACGAUGAUGUCGCAGCAGGAUUUUCAUAAACUGGGACAUCGAGCUGAUGUGAAGCAAGCAAAUGUUUCCUUGAAAACAUACACAGAGUCAUCAGUACCAAUCAUUGGUGAGGCAAUGGUAGAAGUCAAGUUUGAUGCCAGCCAACCACCAAAGAAGUUGACACUUCUUGUAGUUGAGAAAGGUGUUGCGUUACUGGGCCGAGACUGGAUGCAAGCCGCACCAGAAGGAAUCUACAGAUUCCUACAGAAUCGCCUCAACCUUCAAACACAUGUUUCUAACAAUCCAGAAACCGUGCAUAAGAUACAAGCUACCUUACAAGACAUGUUAGUGAAGCACAAGCAAGUGUUUGACUGUUCAAAAGUUGGUAAACUUGAAGGCUACCAGGCAAAGGUGCAUCCUCAAGAUGAUGGAGAUAAAGCCAGGUUCUACAAAGCUGCACCAGUCCCAUAUGCAAUGCGCCAGAAAAUUGACGAAGCCAUCGAUGAGCUACAGGACCAAGGCGUGAUUGAGCCGGUGAAGUUUGCUGAUUACGCAUGUCCUAUCGUAGUGGUGAAGAAACCAAAUGGUAAAGUCCGCAUCUGUGGCAACUAUAAGUUGACAGCAAAUAAAGUUCUAAGGGUGGAACGGUACCCAAUUCCUUCGCUCCAGGAUAUGCUCCAGGACUUAGGUGGAGGUCAACAGUUCAGCAAGCUUGACCUUUCACAUGCAUACCACCAGAUAGAACUUGAUGAACAAGCAAGGAAGUACACCACAGUAAAUACACACAGAGGACUUUUUCAGUACACUAGGUUACCCUUUGGUAUAGCCACAGCCCCUGCGCUCUUCCAAAGAGCAAUGGAGUCACUCUUAGCUGACAUACCAAUGUGUCGCCCGUACCUAGAUGAUAUUAUAGUUAGCGGGAAGACAGAUGAAGAACACAUUGCCAACUUGCAAGCUGUACUGCAUUGCCUAGAGAGUAAUGGACUUCGACUGAAAAGGGAAAAGUGUGAGUUCAUGAUGGACUCGGUGGAGUUCCUUGGCCACAAGCUGGAUCAACAUGGAGUUAGCCCACUCCCAGACAAGAUAGAAGCCAUAAAGAAGACUCCAAGACCACAGAACCAGAGUCAACUACAGGCAUACCUAGGACUUCUUGGCUACUAUCGGAAGUUUAUACCAAAUUUGACCAAAGAGAUCGCCCCACUAAUAACACUGUUGAAGGCAGAGUAUGCUUCAGUGCCAAAGAAGCAGGGAGACCGGAAAAAAGCAGAUCCAAACCUGAAGUGGGGAGGAGACCAAGAAAGAGCCUUCCAGAAGUCAAAGGAACUGGUUCAGAGUGACACAGUGUUGACACACUACGACCCCAGUAAGCCUUUGUUGUUGCAAUGUGAUGCAAGCCCCUAUGGUGAUAAUGGUCUAGGUGUAGUCCUCAGCCAUGUAGGAACAGACGGUCUAGAGCAGCCCAUUUCUUUCGCAUCACGUACGCUCACUAGAAGUGAAGCAAAUUACGCCCAAUAUGAAAAAGAAGGACUCUCUGUCAUUUUCGGUGUAAAGAAAUUUCACAAGUACCUGUACGGAAGACGAUUUACAAUCGUCACAGACCACAAGCCGCUGUUAGGCAUAUUCGGUGACACCAAACCUGCAAGCCCCAUGGCCUCUGCAAGGUUAGCCAGGUGGCACAUGAUCCUCUCAGCCUACGAAUAUGACAUCAUAUACAAGGAAGGUAAACAGCACCAGAAUGCAGACGCCCUAUCACGCCUACCCUUGGCAGAUGAUCAAACAGUGUGGUCGCAUCAGAGUCUUGCAGAGCUGGAUGAGCAGCCUCCAGUUCAAAUCAAUAUGCUGGAUAUUGACACAAGGCCAGUUGAAGCCGAUGAAGUCAGAAGAAUCACCAAAAGGGAUCCUGUUCUCGCAAGAGUAAAAGCCUAUGUGAUGAAUGGAUGGCCAAACCCCAAGAACGUUCCACCAGAGCUCAAAGCCUUUGCGCAGAAGAAGGAGGAACUCUCAAUUGAGAAUGACAUCAUAUUAUGGGGGCAUAGAGUGGUCAUUCCAGACAACAAGCAGAUGAGACAAAGAAUCCUUGAUGAACUUCAUGGGACUCAUCCAGGCAUAGUCAAGAUGAAAGCACUUGCACGAUCCUUUGUAUGGUGGCCAGGCAUCGACAAAAUGUUGGAAGAGAAGGUGAAGACCUGUACAACUUGUCAGGAGCACCAGCGAAGCCCACCACCUGCCCCUAUCCACCCAUGGGAGUUCCCAGAACGACCCUGGAGUAGGAUCCACAUCGAUUACGCCUACAUCGAUAACCAGAACGUGCUGAUUGUUGUUGACGCAUACACCAAGUGGAUUGAAGCUAUUAGAGUAGCACACGCCACUGCAGCUGCUACAGUCACUGCCAUGCGACGCCUGUUUGCAACGUAUGGUAUUCCAGAAACAGUCGUAAGUGACAACGGCACCCAGUUUGUCUCUGAAGACUUUUCGAACUUCCUGUUCAACAACAAUGUAGAACAUGUGCAAACAGCCCCAAAACACCCUUCCAGCAAUGGCCUUGCGGAAAGGGCUGUGCAAACCUUGAAAAGUGGAGUUAAGAAAACCAGUGGAACAUCAUUGGAGAUGCGCAUCCAAGUAUUCCUAAUGACCUAUCGGAUAACUCCACAAGGAACUACCAUGAAAACACCAAGUGAACUAAUGUUCAAAAGGAGGAUCAGAAGUAGAAUGGAUCAUGUCCGUCCGAACCUGCACAAGUCGGUUCAGAAGCAGCAAUCUGCAAUGAAACAGGCGGCAGACAAGCGCUCAAAGAUGAGACAGUUCAAAUUGAAUGAUACUGUCCUAGUGAAGAACUUUGCAGCCGGACCAACUUGGCUCAGAGGAAUAGUAACCGAAACACUCAAUGAAGUCAUGUACGUGAUAGAGUUACAGGAUGGUAGAGAGGUACGCCGCCAUGUGGAUCACAUUAGACUUUACACUCUAUCGCAUGGAAAUGAUCAUGACAAGGAAGAAAUGCCUGAUCAGAACACCAAUCUACAACCAGAGAUUCUGAUUCAACAGACGCAGUAUCCAAGCCAGACAACAGAAAAUCCCAAUAUGGCACCUAGUACUAGCGAAUCCUUAAUUUCAAACACUGAACAGAGUAUCGCUGAUACUACAGCCAUGUCACAGCAGGUCCAAACAGAGUCACUAAGUGAUUCUGAUGGAGCUGUCAUGCCAAACAUGCCAAAUUCUAAAGUUAUGUCAGAAAGACGAAUGUCCAACCGGAAGUCAAAGACACCCUCAAAGUUAAGAGAUUUCAUAGUAUAUCAUUAA